UUUGCUAUUACCUAAUUAGGGUAAUUAGCGUUAAAUUUGUGUAUCUUCUAUAACUAUGGUUUGAAAUUGGGGAUUUUUAAAGAUUAGGGUUGAAUUAUAGGGGUUUUCUGUAUGAAGUGUAGAAUUUGAUGAAUUGUAUCUUUGUUUGUUCGUUUGCAGUGGUUAUACACAUUAUCUAUAUAAAGACAUCAACGUGUUUUUUUUAUAGUAAACUGACCUUGUUAUUCCCUCACAUGGAUAGAGAUAAAAUUUACCUUAAGGAAUUUGAGAAUAUAUUGUGUGUUAUGUUGCGUCUUGAUGAAAAGGAAGUUCCUAAUUUAUAUUGAAUGACGAACCCAUGUUUUCCUGAGAGUUUGGUUACAAAUGAAGACUUGUUUAAGUUUUGGGAGCAUGUUGUACCUGAUGAUAAAGGCUUCAUAUGUUUACAAAUGGAUAUAAUGAAUUCAGAAUUUGGGAAUGAUAAUGACUUCAUUAAGGCUGCAAUGGAACAACCAGUGAUAACAAUUGAUGACACUCCUAAGAAGACACCUAAGAGGACUGCUAAGAGACCAGCUUCAAAGGAAAAGUCUGUAAGGAGAUCACCAGAAAAGAUUUUAAGGAGAUCACCAAGGUUGCAAGCUCAAUCAAAGAAGGAAAACUCUAAUGGAAGAGCAUCUAGGAAAUUGUUCGUGGGUCUGCUAAAUGAAGUGGAAUCUCAGGGUUAUUCUUGCCUUAGUCAAGCUAGUGUUGGUUCUAGCAGUGUACCAAUUCAAGUGACUGAUACCUUUAAUCGUGAUUACUGGGUUGAUGCAGUGAACAAGAAUGAUGCAUGGGACAACAAUGAUGAGGAGGAGGAGAAUGUGGUACUAAAGAACACUACUUAGAUGAAUGUCACCCCAUUGAAGACCCAAAUGCUCCGUCAAUUUAUGACAGUGAUAAAUAUAAUGAUAUUGAUUAUAAAGAAAUUGUCAAGACAUAUAAAGUUGGAUAUGAAAGAACUGAUUCAAGUAGCAGUGAAGAAGACAAUGAAAAAGUUUCUAAUGAUGGUGGGAGUAAUGAUAUUAAUGAUGGUCCUGAAGCAAUUGAUGAUAAAGAUGCCAAACCAAAGUUUGAUUACCAGAAAUGGAAAGAAGACUUUAAUAUGCACAGUGAUGAAGAAGAACAACAUUUAUUCCCUGUAGAAGAAGAGGUGUCUCUUGUUUAUCCUACUAAGAUUGAGGUAAAGUAUGCUUUUAAUAACAAGAAGGUAUUUAAUAAACAUCUUACGGGUUACUGUAUAAAAAAUAAUUAUCAGUACAAGACCUAUAAGAGUGACAAAAAAAGACUA